CAGCUUCCGGAGCGAGGGGGCGCAGGAGCCGCGGGCAGCCUGGCAAGAUCGGCGCGGCGGGCACCGGAGCAGUAACUGGAUUUUUCCUCACCACUUGGACCUGGAUUUGGGUGAGGCAAAAUUCCAGGAGGUGCUCGCUGUUAAGAGUCCUGAGAGCACAGGAAACCUUACAGAAACACGAAGCCCUCAACCAUCUGGAACUGAGAAACUCACUCGAGGCUGACUGCGGCUUCUAGAACGUCCAGGUGUUCUGCAGAUGUGAGAAUUUAUCCUGCACUCACCAACUGGAGUCCUGAACAGAUGCACGGCGCUGACAUCCCUGAGCACAGAGGGAUCCUUCGCUAAGUGGCCAGAGAGCUGUUGACACUGAGGGCUGAUUGUCGCACACAGCCGGUCCUCCCUCGGAGCUGCAGAGGGGCAAACCACAUUCGGGGUUGCAAGUUUCCUGACUCUCUCGAAUGAGGAUUCCAGGUGGGGGCCUCACUUCUGUAGCCCCACCAUCCUUCUAGGGACCACUCCCAACAAGACCGCCGCCACCGUAUCUUCUUGCAAACUCCCUGCCCUGAAACGGAGCAGGAGAGAGCCCUCGGAAAAAUCUUUAGCUGUGGCUCACAGUUACUCCAGACAGUGAUUACCCUCCCCUCCCCUCCCCUCCCCACCAUGGGCUGGCUUUUUCUAAAGGUUCUGCUUGUGGGUGUGACUUUUUUGGGAGGCCUGUAUCCCCUUGUGGAUUUUUCCUUCAGUGGGGAAACAAGAGGCCAGAAGCCAAAUUUCGUGAUCAUUUUGGCAGAUGACAUGGGGUGGGGGGACCUGGGGGCGAACUGGGCAGAAACGAAGGACACUGUCAACCUUGAUAAGAUGGCUGCUGAAGGAAUGAGGUUUGUGGAUUUCCACGCAGCUUCCUCCACCUGCUCGCCCUCUCGGGCCUCCCUGCUCACCGGCCGGCUUGGCCUUCGCAAUGGAGUCACGCACAACUUUGCGGUCACCUCUGUGGGGGGUCUGCCGCUCAACGAGACCACGUUGGCGGAGGUGCUGCAGCAAGCUGGCUACGUCACUGGGAUGAUAGGCAAAUGGCAUCUCGGACACCAUGGCUCUUAUCACCCCAACUUCCGUGGUUUUGGUUACUACUUUGGAAUCCCAUACAGCCAUGAUAUGGGCUGCACGGAUACCCCGGGCUGCAACCACCCUCCUUGUCCAGCGUGUCCACGGGGCCAUCGACCAGCAAGGAACCUUGAGAGGGAUUGUUACACUGAUGUAGCCCUUCCUCUCUAUGAAAACCUCAACAUCGUGGAGCAGCCUGUGAACCUGAGUGGCCUGGCACAGAAAUAUGCCGAGAAAGCGACCCAGUUCAUCCAGCAUGCAAGCACCAGUGGAAAGCCCUUCCUGCUAUACGUGGGCCUGGCCCACAUGCACGUGCCCUUAUCCAGAACGCAGCUCUCAGCAGACCCACGGGGCCGAAGGCCAUAUGGCGCAGGUCUCCGGGAGAUGGACAGCCUGGUGGGCCAGAUCAAGGACAAAGUUGACCGCACAGCAAAAGAAAACACAUUCCUCUGGUUUACAGGAGACAAUGGCCCGUGGGCUCAGAAGUGUGAGCUGGCAGGUAGCGUGGGUCCCUUUACUGGAUCGUGGCAAAUUCAUCAAGGGGGAAGUCCGGCCAAGCAGACCACGUGGGAAGCAGGGCACCGGGUCCCCGCUCUGGCUUACUGGCCCGGCAGAGUUCCUGUCAAUGUCACCAGCACCGCCUUGUUAAGUGUGCUGGACAUCUUCCCCACUGUGGUAGCUCUGGCUGGGGCCAGCCUGCCCCAGGACCGGCACUUUGACGGUUUGGAUGCGUCUGAGGUGCUCUUUGGCUGGUUGCAGACUGGGCACAGGGUGCUGUUUCACCCCAACAGUGGGGCGGCUGGAGAGUAUGGAGCCCUUCAGACGGUCCGCCUGGGGCGCUAUAAGGCCUUCUACAUCAGCGGCGGAGCCAGAGCCUGUGAUGGGGAUGUGGGGCCUGAGCAGCAUCAUGAGCCUCCCCUGAUUUUUAACCUAGAAGAUGAUGUUGCGGAAGCUGUGCCUCUAGACAGACGUAGUGCCGAAUACCAGGGCGUAGUGCCCGAGGUCAGAGAGGUUCUUGCAGAUGUUCUCCGAGACAUUGCUGGUGACAACACCUCCAGAGCGGAUUAUACUCGUGAUCCUUCCGUGACCCCCUGCUGCAAUCCCCACCACGUCGCCUGCCGUUGCCAGAGGACCAGUUUUUCUCCCAGGCAGAAGAUGUCAGGAAGGGAGGGCAAGUUCCAGCUCCAGAUGCUGUAGAAACCAAGUCUCAGAAUUUGGGCCCGAAGCCC